AUGGGGGUCUCUCUGUUCUUCGCCUUGACUCUUCUCUCACUCUGUUUGCACACUUCAACAUCCGAGCUACUACAGUUUCAGCUCUCCACCAUAUCAGCUGCACCUUCGUUUCUGCCCGAAGCGCCUUCAGCUUCACCUCCGGAGGCUAUGUCUCCGGAUAUAUCUCCUCUGUUCCCUACUCCGGGUUCGAGUGAAAUGUCUCCUUCUCCGUCAGACUCUUCUGAGAUGCCGACGAUCCCCUCGAGCCUUAGUCCACCAAACCCAGAUGCCGUCGGUCGUGAACCUCUGCUUGACACUUCUCCGUUGUGUAAGUACGUUCUCUAUGCUCUUUCAGUUUCUGACGAUACUUUGUUUCCUCUUUUGAGCUGCUCCUUUCGUUUACUUCACAGAGAGAAGAUCACACUUAAGAUGUUGUAUAUCAAUCUAUUCCCAGAAGAGAAGAGGAACGAUCCGGAGAUCAGCCUUCAAUCUCAACGUCGAAGAUUCGCCAGCGUUGAAGUCGUUGACAAGAUCAACAACCUCGACAAAGCAUGGCGUCAGGGUACGUAUCUCAUUAUACUGAGGAUCGUUUCUAUCCUUGAGCUUGAUUUGCUUGCUAACAACGUUUCUGACGUGAUUCAGGCUAAUGGAGACAUGGGUUCUGAGUAUGAGGUCCCAAUCCCACAAUGUAUGGUGGAUACAAUUGACCAGACACACAGAUUCAGGGUUUGUUACUAG